AUAGUGAACUUUGCUACUCGCUCUAACCUUAAAUAUCAAUGUUUUGUCGAGCUAUAGAUAAGAUUACAUUUUUAUUGUAAUUAAACGAAUACAUGUUUGUAAUCAUAAUUAAUUAAAUUUGAAAAAUACGAGAACGUAUCGCCAAAACAAAUAACGAGUGUGCAUCUAAUCAUUUUAAUGAAAAUGCAAUGACAAUGACAUUUUAUUCGUGCAAAGGAAUCAUUUUUUAAUCAAUUUUGGACAGCUAAAGAUUUUAAAUAUACCUAGUUUAUGUAUAAUUAACGAUGUUCUACGAAAUUUUAAACAAAAUAAAAGAAAAACAAAAGACAAACAUGCACGUUUACGUGGCUGAUUCGAUGUAUCACACAAAUGUCGCUGUAAUGCAAAUGUUUGUGUACCAAUCGAAUAACAAGAAAAAAUCAAAUUUAAAGAACCAAUCAAAGAUGUCAAUAUUUUAUUAUCUUCGCUUUUAAUGGGUUCUCGGACGCGGCAAAAUUAAAUGCGAAGAUAAUUAUUCAUCCUCACAUUUUUUAUUUAUUUUAUUUUAGAACAGCAGAAUAUUUUUGAUCGGCCACAUUGGCAACAAUUACACGUGUAUUUCAUAUAUGCCAUUCACAAACAUAUAUAUAUAUAUAUAUAUAUGUAUACAUCAUACAUAACAUAUGUCAACAAGUACUGCGAAAUGUCACAGAACAUCUCUUUAAAUAAAUCAUUGUGUCUUUUGUGUAUUAUCUUAUUGACAUUACAUAAUACUCGUGGAGAUGCUGACUCAGCUCCAAAAAAUGUUCUCUUGUUGCUGGCUGAUGACGCAGGAUUUGAAAUGCGAUCCUACUUAAAUAAAAUCUGUCAAAGUCCUAAUUUGGAUAAGUUAGCAAAAGAGAGUCUAUUAUUCAAUAAUGCAUACACAUCAGUUAGUAGCUGUUCCCCAAGUCGCUCUGCAAUAUUAACUGGAUUACCAAGUCAUCAGAAUGGAAUGUAUGGUCUUCAUCAUGGAAUUCAUCACUUUAAUUCUUUUGAUGAUGUUCAAAGUUUACCAAAAAUAUUAAAGAGAAGCAAUAUACGAACAGGAAUCAUUGGCAAAAAGCAUGUAGGUCCGAGUGACGUUUACCCAUUUGAUUUUGCAUAUACAGAAGAGAAUCAUUCUAUUCUUCAAGUAGGUCGUAAUAUUACUUAUAUAAAGCUGUUAGUCCGUGAAUUUCUUUCAGUUCAGAAUAAAACACAACCGUUCUUUUUAUAUGUUGCUUUCCAUGAUCCACAUCGUUGUGGUCAUACUCAUCCCGAAUAUGGCAAUUUUUGUGAGAAAUUUGGUAAUGGUGAUGUCGGAAUGGGUACAAUUCCUGAUUGGAAUCCAAUAUAUUAUCAAUGGGAGCAAGUUAAAGUACCCUAUUAUGUUCAAAAUACCGAAGCUGCUAGAAGAGAUAUUGCUGCCCAGUAUACAACAAUAUCUCGUUUGGACAAAGGUGUUGGCCUAGUUCUUGAAGAAUUGAAAAACGCAGGAUUCAAGGAUAACACAUUGGUAAUUUACACGUCCGAUAAUGGCGUACCUUUUCCAAAUGGUCGCACUAAUUUAUACGAUCCAGGUAUGGCUGAACCUAUGAUGAUUUCAUCACAUUCAUGGCACAGAAAGAACAGUGUAACAUACAGUAUGACUUCUUUGCUGGAUAUAGUACCGACAAUAUUAGAUUGGUUCAAUGUAACUUACAUGGAUUACUCGUUACACUCCAAUAAAGUGUCUUCUCCACACCUUACCGGCAAGUCGCUUCUGCCACUACUUCUUGAAGAACCUAUAGAAAAUAAUACAGCGAUUUUUGCGAGUCAAACUCACCAUGAAGUUACCAUGUACUAUCCCAUGCGUACAAUUAGGACCAAACGCUAUAAACUUAUACAUAACAUCAACUACAGAAUGCCAUUUCUUAUCGAUCAGGACUUUUAUGUAUCACCGACCUUCCAGGAUAUUCUAAAUAGAACACAGACUCAUCAACCUCUAUCAUGGUAUAAAACGUUAAAGAAAUAUUAUGAAAGACCAGAGUGGGAAUUAUACGAUUUAAAAUAUGAUCCAGAAGAACUAAACAAUAUAGCUUCAAAAUCGACUGCAAAGAGCAUAUUUAUUGAACUUCAAGAAAGAUUGCAUAAUUGGCUGAGAAUAACAAAAGAUCCAUGGUUAUGUGCACCAAAUGGUGUUUUGGAGGAUGCUGGACCUUACAAACAUAAUGCUCAAUGCAUGCCAUUGUACAAUUUCGAUGAUUGAAAUUUUCCUAAUAUUUAUCAAUAAUUCUCAUACAUUACUUUUCUUUUUUUACAAUUUUAUACUGUAAUAUGCAUUUUAUGAACAAAUAGUAACAAAUAGUCAAAGUAAAUAGAAUAUUCAAUAUAAUCUUAU